UCGAUAUUCUUGUCAGGAUUGGCGAGUCUUCUCUCAAAUUUUUCCACACUCCCUCCUUAUACAACGGCCAUCGGUUUACUCUACCCAUUCGAAGAUCAUUCAUUCAGGUACCUAAAAAAAAUGGCAGCCACCAAGAUAAGCCUGAAGCUGUUGAUAGACAAGAAGAGAAACAGAGUGCUGUUUGCUGAAGUAGACAAGGACUUCGUUGAUUUCCUCUUGCAAGUCUUCUCUCUGCCGAUCAUAACUGUCGCGGGCAUCCUAAAAACUGAAGACACAGCAGGCUGCUUGCAAAGCUUGUACGUGAGCAUCGAAAACCUGAGCGAUACUUUCAUCCAGCGAGGAGUAAGCAAAGACUUGGUGAUGAAGCUCAAACUAGUAAUGUCUGCAUUGUCUGGUGCUAUAGACUGCAUGCAUCCUUGGGGUGGCAUGAUAUAGGCAAGACACGUCAAGCGGGAGGGAUGAGCAAGAGGGCUGAGCGGUGGCUGUAGAAGGACUCUUGAACAUUACUUGUGUCGAUGAAACAUUAAGGGUAGUAAUAAGAAAGAUCAUGGAGCCAAUGGUUGAUUCUCUGCAUGCAUGCUUGAAGGUGUGCAGCCCAGUGUUUUAA